AUGCCACCAAACACCAACAUGGCCCCCGAAACGCCUCCCGGCAGGGGCAUUUCUUCUCGUCUAUUGACGAUGAAAUUUAUGCAGAGAGCUGCCACCUCGGGAUCUGCACCAGAGUCGUCUCCCGAUGAACCGUCUUCUAAGCGGCGCAAGUUCCAGAACUCUCCUCUCACUGGCGAUUUCCACUCCUUCGAUCAAGCGGCUGUCCAGGCCGCUUUGAAACAGCAAGAAGCCAAGCGCUUGGCGGCACUGGAAGCCUCCAGGGCCGAACUGGCAGACACGCAUUGGGUUUUGGAUGGUUCUUGGGGCAGUACUACUGCGACUGAGGACGCGCCGCCAAAUAUCGUGUACGUUGGGUACGCCGAUAUUGAUGACGCCAAUCAUGAGAAGGAAUCCAAGGGUGCCACACAUCAUGGCAGGAAGAAGGUCGGCGGUAGCAAAAAGAAGACCGCCAAGGACACCGUGACUAAAAGUACAACAAAAGACGAGAGCGAUUCCGGUGAUUCGAGUGUCCCCAGUGACUCCGAUGACUCCGAUGACUCUGACACCUCCGACGACUCCAGCGACGAGCAUGACGAGCUUGACGCGGAUCCAUCCUCUGGUGACGAAGCGUCGACACCGAAGCCCGUCAAGCCCGUCAAAGGUCUAUCAUCCGGCGGCCAAGGUCGCACAAGGGUUAAUCUUCAGCCCAAGAAAUCAACAGAGUCGAUGAAGGCCAGAGAAUUUCGUGAGAAGCGAAAGAAGAAAGAAGUGAAGCUGAACCAGUUGGCGUCUAUUUCUGGUGGUGCUUCUAGCAUUUCCGGGGCGGGGAAACCCAACGCUCCCUUCAACUGCCACAACUGCGGUAAGCCAGGGCACAAGGCCGCCGACUGCUCCGACCGACGGAGGGGUGACGGCAGACGGAGGUCUGCCGGAACGUCACGAUGA